AUGGAAGGUAUAGCUCCAAAGGCCAUUAUUACUGAUCAAGAUAGAGCAAUGAAAAAUGUAAUUGCUAUUGUCUUUCCGAAAACACGACAUAGAUUUUGCCUAUGGCAUAUACUGAAAAAAGUCCUUGAGAAGCUUGGGUUAUAUGCUGUGUACAAAAGUGGACUGAAAACUGGGUUAAUAAAAUGUGUGUACGACACACAAUCUAUUGAGGACUUUGAAAAGUGUUGGGCCGAGUUUAUUAACACGUUUGAGUUACAUGAGAAUGCGUGGUUGAAUAGUUUAUAUGCAGAGCGUGAUCAUUGGGUACCGGUUUUCCUAAAGGAGACCUUUUGGGCUGGAAUGAGUACAACCCAGCGCAAUAAGAGUAUGAAUGCCUUUUUUGAUGGUUAUGUCCAUUCGAAGACAAACUUAAAAGAGUUUGUUGACCAGUUUGACAGUGCGUUUAAGAAGAAAAUUGAAAUUAAAAAUCAGGCAGAAUUCCAGUCUUUUAGUGUCACUAUCCCUUGCGUAUCUAGAUCUCCAAUAGAAAAGAAAUUUCAAGAGUUAUACACCAACGCUAAAUUCAAGGAAGUUCAGCAACAAGUAAUUGGUGUGCUUGAUCUAGAGACAUCUCUACUGACGUCAGAUGGUGUUUUGAAGAGUUAUUUGAUAGAAGAUGAAGUUCGUAUUCAGGAGUUCACAAAAAUGGUUACAUAUUUAGUGGAAUUUAAUGUGGAUGAUUGCAAUGCAAAAUGUUCAUGUAGGUUAUUUCAAAUGAGGGGGAUACUGUGUAGCCAUAUUUUGGCGAUAUUCAAAUCUAACGGCAUAAAAUCAUUACCAGACCAGUACAUUUUAGACCGGUGGAGGAAGGACAUCAAAAGCAGAUACACAAUAAUCCGAAGCAGCUACGACGAAGGAGAUCAGAGGCCAAAUGAUUAUGCGGUGGAUUGUAAUGAGCAAUUUGAAGAUGCAAAGAAGAGGAUACAUGAGAUGACUGAAUGUUAUCGUCAGAACCAACGUCCCAUAUCUUUGACCGAAUCAGGUGGUUUGGAGACACUAGAUAGAACUGACGUUGGUAGCUCACAACAAGUCAAGAGUCCAAAUGUUGUCAGAGGGAAAGGAAAACUCUCAUCUUUGAGGAGAGCAUCCAGGAUGGAAACAGAGAUGCACAAGGUUAAAGCCAAACAAAGUAAAGCACAAGUGGGAGGAAAGCGCAAAUAUAUUCAUCGAGAUGAAGGAGAUACAACAGCAAAGGAGAUGUGCAAGAAUUUAUUUGGCCCAGCAGAGACCGCCAUCUUCAAUGUUGGAAAUGUUCAGAUUGUGGUAGACAUCUCAGCUACUGACAUUUGUGGUACCCAAUUUCAACAUACAGUAUUUGGGAGUCAAGAAACACUGCAAUUUGGGUUGGAUGGAUUACAACCGGAGUGCAUGGAUGUGACACAACCAGAUCGAACAAUGAGGUUGUUCGAUUUUUAA